AUGCAAGAUAAGCAUUUUAGAGUUGCACCAGUGCUGGUUGCCUCACGGGACAUUCAGAAGAUUCGUGGCGAACUUUCCGAGAGCAUCGACGUCUUCCAGAAGAUGGGCCGGGGCGGCUGGCUGAUGCUCUGGAUGGACUUUUUUCGACCCCUCCCAUCACUCACGAGUUUCACAGCUCUAAGGACGUUGUUUCUGAGCCAAGGCACUAUCCGCUUCUUCCAACCCCCCGAUGAGGUGACUCCCAUGGACAGCCUGAUUAGACUGCUACCUAAGUCUAUUGAAAAGCUUUCGAUAAAAGAUUUCAGCGAAGACUCCAGAGCGACUGUCCUGGAACUUGCGAAGCAGACGCGGGCCGGAGAGUUCCCAAAUCUUAGGCAAGUCAGGCUGAUAGGGAAUGAAAUACCUAGCAUGAUGACCGGAUCUUCGUUUCUUUUCCUCGCCAAUGAAGAACAGGGAGAGGACAGUGGUAAUGAAUAUAUCACUUCGGUCAUCCAUAUGUCUGACGAGGGCGUGGACUGCUCGCAGACCUUGAACGAGGAGGAUCAUGAGCUGUCAGGAGAUGAUAUCUCCGAUUGGGCGCUUUACGAAGAAGAUAUGAGCUUUGAUCAACAUUGGGUGGAUGUAUUUGAUCGCUGCCAAAGUGAUCACGCGUUCCUAUUCUCGAUUGUGCGUCACGUUCAGCGGCAUUCGGAGGUUGUCCUCUACGCAGCUCUCACUUCUGCGACACUGAGGAGGAAAGUCAGAAAGUUGUUUGCCGAGGCAAAUGUAAAGUUUGAGUGUGUUGGCGUGGGCUCCGCGGAACUUUGGGACAGUGACAGGGGCAAAUUAAGCAUUGCCUACAUGUAA